ACAAUAAUUCAUUCUAUAUAAUUAAAAUGUAUACUAAACGACAACGAAUUCUAAAAGAACUUACCUUAGGAUCAUUUAAUGAAGAAGAAAAUGUACCAUCAUCAUCACAACAAAGUGUAGGCCGUAGGGCUGCCCAUCCAUUACCUGAAAUCUAUCGACCACGUAUUACACAACGUAGAGAGCGACCAGCAGGAAUGUUAUAUAAACCACUCGAGUUAGGUUAUAAAGCGACCAUUAUACCUACUCGUAAACGUGAAGAUGGAUAUGAGCAAGCAGAAUAUGAUAAAGAUGUAAAAAAGACGAUUCCAAAAUCAGUUGAUUGGCAAUUAAUGUCAGAUCCAGUUCGGAAACAAGUACGACACAUUCUUUCUGAUAAUUAUGGAAAAGUAUUAGCAGAGGCAGAACUAAUCGAUACAAAUGGUGAAGUAACACAUAUUGGAGCAAGAUACUUGAAGAAUAUUGCUUCCAAAAUUGAUAAAAGUUUACGUUCAACUAUGCUACCAGGAGCUAUAGAUAAAAGACUAUUUGAUACAGAUUUAACUGAAUCCACAAUAGAGCUUGAUCAACUAGUGAAUGAUCAAAUAAUUAUGGCAGCAGAAUUAAAUAUGAAGGUCAUUGAAAAAGAGAAAGAGUUAGUAGAUAAGAAAGGAUUACUUGAAGAAUUAAAACUAAAAACUAAGAUUGCGAAAGAAGAGAUAAAAAAUACACAUAGAAAGACAUUGGAUGACCCACAAGAUUAUGUACAAAUGUUAUUAAAGAAUCCAAGCUCGAAAGAAUAUUAACGGGAAAAAAAAUAUACAUAUUCAUAUACCCUUAUCAUAAAUAAUUUUCCAAUAAAAAGGCAGCAGCAACAACAACAGCAAUUCCACACAUAAAAU